UUCAUUCAAAGCGUACAUUUGCCGCUAGUCUGAAAACGAUGUCUGCAAUGGAGGUCCCAGGACCAGAAAGCGAUUGGAGAAGCCCUGCAUUCCGACAGAAAGUUGUUGCACAAAUUGAAGAGGCGAUGAGAAAGGCUGGGACUGCACACACGAAGUCCAGCAAUGAAAUGGAGAACCAUGUUUACGUCAAAGCCAAAUCUAGAGAAGAAUACUUGUCCCUGGUAGCAAGGUUGAUCAUUCACUUCAGAGACAUUCAUAAAAAGGCACAAGGAGGUCUGGAUCCCAUGAAUGCCCUGACAAAUCUCACUGGUGUUCCAGGGGUUCCAGGGGGCAUUGUCAUGGGGCCUAGGCCACCUGGUGCGCCCAUGGGUGGCAUGGGGACCAUGGGGCAGAUGCAAAUGGGUCAGCAUGCAAUGGCAGGUGUGGCUGGAAAUCCUCAAGCGAUAGGAGGUCCAGGGCAGAUGCAGAUGCAGCAGAUUGCCCAGCAGCAGCAGUCCAUUCAGUUCCAGCAGUUCCAGGCACAGCAGCAACAGACAGCCAUGCAACAACAGCAACAGACGGCCAUGCAGCAGCAGCAGCAGCAGCAGCAGACAGCAAUGCAACAACAGACAGCCAUACAGCAGCAGCAGUUUCAGGUCCAGCAGCAGCUGAAGCUGCAACAGUUACAGCAGCAACACCAUCAGAACCAACAGCUCCAACAGCAGCACCAAAACCAGCAGCAGCAGCAGGCCCAAAACCAGCAACAACAGAACCAGAUGCACCCAUCAAGGCUCCAGCAACAACAGCAGAUAGUUCAGUUACAACUCCAACAGCAGCAUGCACAGGCCCAAGCACAGGCCCAAGCACAAGCCCAGGCGCAGGCCCAAGCACAAGCCCAGGCGCAGUCCAUCCAGCACAUGGUCCAGCAGCAGCAGCAACAACAACAGCAACAGGUUCAGGCCCAGUCUCAGCCCCAGGCGGCCCAGCUACCCCCCCACUCCCAGCAGCAGCAGGGCAUGGUGCCCCAGUCUCUGGCUGGGCAGAUGACCCCCACACAGCACGUGCCCAUCAGCUCGCUCAGUCAGCAGCAGCAACAGCUCAAGAUCCAAGCCUUGCAGGCUAGAGCGAUGCAACAGCAGCAGCAGCAGCAGCAGGCAGCGCAGCAAGCCCAACAGGCUGCGGCUCAGGCCCAGCUAGCUGCAGCAGUACCUGGACAGAUGAUGAUGCCCCGCCCUGGGAUGCAAAUUCCACCCCGGUUGCCCCGCGCUGCCCCGAACCCUGCCAUACCUCCAAACUCUGCUGCCAUGGGAGGACAGCAAAUGCCACAGGUUCAGCAGCACCAGAUGAUGUCAUCGCCCUCGCCGGUACAAGUGCAGACCCCCCAGUCCAUGCCCCCCCCUCCCCAGCCACAGCCAUCCCCACAGCCCCCAUCCUCCCAGCCCAACUCAGUCAGCAGUUCUGGUCCCACACCGUCGCCAGGUAGCUUCCAGCCUAGCCCGUCCCCCCAGCCCUCGCAUAGCCCAGCCACCGCACGCACCCCCCAGAACUAUAGCGUCCCCUCCCCAGGACCCCUCAACACCCCAGGGAACCCCAGUUCAGUGAUGAGUCCAUCCGGGGCCAAUCAGCUGGAGGACCAGCAGUACAUGGAGAAACUCAAACAGCUCUCCAAAUACAUCGAGCCACUGCGCAGGAUGAUCAACAAGAUAGACAAAAACGAAGAUAGGAAAAAGGACCUGAGUAAGAUGAAGAGCCUGCUGAACAUUCUCACUGACCCCAACACAAGGUGCCCUCUCAGAACCUUACAGAAGUGUGAGAUAGCACUGGAGAAACUGAAGAAUGAUAUGGCUGUGCCGACGCCACCCCCUCCACCUGUGCCCUGCACCAAGCAGCAGUACCUGUGCCAGCCACUCUUGGAUGCCGUCAUGGCAAACAUCCGCUCGCCUGUCUUCAACCAUUCCCUGUACCGUACCUUCGCCCCAGCCAUGACAGCCAUCCACGGGCCGCCCAUCACGGGCCCCAUCAUCGCGGCCCGGAAGAGGAAACACGAGGAGGAUGAACGUCAAACCAUCCCCAACAUCCUGCAGGGAGAGGUGGCCCGUCUUAAUGCCAAGUUCCUGGUCAACCUGGACCCCUCGUUCUGCAGUAACAACGGCACUGUGCACCUCAUCUGUAAACUAGAUGACAAGAACCUGCCAAGUGUGCCUCCUCUCCAGCUCAGCAUCCCUGCAGACUACCCAGACCAGAGCCCUCAGUGGGCAGACGACGGGCAAGUGUAUGGUGCCAACCCCUUCCUACAAAACGUUCACAGAAACAUGACCUCCAAGCUCCUACAGCUCCCAGACAAGCACUCAGUGACUGCACUGCUCAAUACUUGGGCCCAGAGUGUCAGACAAGCCUGUCUUUCUGCAGCAUAGACAAGAGGCUCACCUCACCUGUCCAUCAAACCUCUGCUGGAUACAACACAAUUUAUCACCAAGAUUGCAAACUGGAAGGAGUGGGCUACCUCUCCUUGGAGCACCAGCU